UUUACAACAAUUUCAAUCAACAAGGCACUUUUAACAGCAAUUCUGAUGGUCAAAACGACAUGAUUCAAAUGGGUGCCAAUAAUAACAAUAACAACAACGCGAGCACUGCUUAUCAAGACUCUCAAAUUACUAAUACUUAUCAAAAUGACCAAAUA